UUAUUGGAACAAAAGCGAUGGCUUUCGAUAGACAUAUUACUGAUGCAGUUAGAAAUCAUUUAUUUGGAAUUAGAGGAUUACCUUUGUCUGGAUUUGAUUUAAUUGCUUUAAAUAUACUUAGAGCUAGAGAUCAUGGUGUUCAAACAUAUAAUUCUUUUAGAGAAUUUUGUGGGUUAACAAGAGCUCGAAAUUGGGCAGAUUUAAAUAAUGAAAUGGACCAAACAACUAUUGAAGCUCUUCAAAGUGUUUAUGAAAGUUAUGAAGAUAUUGAUCUUUUUCCUGGUUUAAUUUCUGAAAGGCCAAUGCCUGGGGCUUUAAUGCCACCAACAAUGGCUUGUAUUAUUUCAGAACAAUUUCAAAGAUUAAAACGUUGUGAUCGUUUUUAUUAUGAGAAUGAUGUUCCAGAAGUGCGCUUUAGUUUAGAGCAAUUAACAGAAAUAAGAAAGAUUCAAUUUGGCAGUAUUUUUUGCCAGAAUGUUCCUUUGUUAAAAAGAAUUCAACCAGAUGUUUUUUCUCUACCAGAUCAACUUUCAAAUACACAAAUUCCUUGUAGAGAUUUUCCAAAAAUGGACUUAACUAAAUGGACGGAAAGAUCUGUUUGUAAUAUUGGAAAUUCUCAGGUUGUUAGAGGUUCAACAAAACUAAAAAGUCCUUGUGUUAAAUGUACUUGUACAAUUGAAGGACCAAAAUGCAGAUUGUGCAAAUCUUUUGGAUAAUUUUUUAAUUAGUGAAAUACGUGAAGAUGGGGCAUGUAUGGUUAGUUUU